GUCUCCCUGUGGCGGCGGCUUGUUGUUGUGGAGGCCAAAAUGGCGGCGCAGGCGGCGGCCGCGGCCCAGGCGGCGGCGGCCCAGGCAGCGCAGGCCGAGGCGGCCGAGUCGUGGUACCUGGCUCUGCUGGGCUUCGCCGAGCACUUUCGUACUUCCAGUCCGCCCAAGAUCCGGCUGUGCGUGCACUGCCUGCAGGCCGUGUUCCCCUUCAAGCCGCCGCAGCGCAUCGAGGCCCGCACGCACCUGCAGCUGGGCUCGGUGCUGUACCACCACACCAAGAACAGCGAGCAGGCGCGCAGCCACCUGGAGAAGGCGUGGCUGAUAUCCCAGCAGAUCCCACAGUUCGAAGACGUCAAGUUCGAGGCAGCAAGUCUGCUGUCGGAGCUGUACUGUCAGGAGAAUUCUGUGGAUGCGGCGAAACCACUGCUGAGGAAAGCAAUCCAGAUCUCGCAGCAGACUCCCUACUGGCAUUGCCGUCUGCUCUUCCAGCUUGCUCAACUGCAUACGCUUGAGAAGGACCUGGUGUCGGCCUGUGACCUCCUGGGCGUGGGGGCUGAGUAUGCCCGCGUGGUGGGAUCCGAGUAUACACGGGCUCUGUUCCUGCUCAGCAAGGGGAUGCUGCUGCUGAUGGAGCGCAAGCUGCAGGAGGUGCACCCGCUGCUGACGCUGUGCGGGCAGAUCGUGGAAACCUGGCAGGGAAACCCCAUCCAGAAGGAGUCACUGCGUGUCUUCUUCCUGGUGCUACAGGUCACCCACUACCUGGACGCCGGGCAGGUGAAGAGUGUGAAGCCAUGCCUGAAGCAGCUGCAGCAGUGCAUCCAGACCAUCUCCACGCUGCAUGACGACGAGAUCUUGCCCAGCAACCCCGCCGACCUCUUCCACUGGCUGCCCAAGGAGCACAUGUGUGUGCUGGUCUACCUGGUGACAGUGAUGCACUCCAUGCAGGCCGGCUACCUGGAGAAGGCACAGAAGUACACGGACAAGGCGCUCAUGCAGCUGGAGAAGCUCAAGAUGCUGGACUGCAGCCCCAUCCUGUCCUCGUUCCAAGUGAUCCUGCUGGAGCACAUCAUCAUGUGCCGGCUCGUCACAGGUCACAAGGCCACGGCGCUGCAGGAGAUCUCCCAGGUCUGCCAGCUGUGCCAGCAGUCACCCCGGCUCUUCUCCAACCACGCGGCACAGCUGCACACGCUGCUGGGCCUGUACUGCGUCUCUGUGAACUGCAUGGACAAUGCGGAGGCCCAGUUCACCACGGCGCUGCGGCUCACCAACCACCAGGAGCUGUGGGCCUUCAUUGUGACCAACCUGGCCAGCGUGUACAUCCGGGAAGGAAACAGACACCAAGAGGUACUGUACAGCCUGCUGGAGAGGAUAAACCCUGACCACAGCUUUCCUGUGAGCUCCCACUGCCUGCGCGCGGCUGCCUUCUACGUGCGCGGCCUCUUCUCCUUCUUCCAGGGCCGCUACAACGAGGCCAAGCGCUUUCUGCGGGAGACUCUGAAGAUGUCCAAUGCGGAGGACCUGAACCGCCUCACGGCCUGCUCGCUCGUGCUCCUGGGCCACAUCUUCUACGUGCUGGGCAACCACAGGGAGAGUAACAACAUGGUGGUACCCGCCAUGCAGCUGGCCAGCAAGAUCCCGGACAUGUCGGUGCAGCUGUGGUCGUCUGCCCUGCUCAGAGACCUGAACAAGGCGUGCGGGAACGCCAUGGACGCCCACGAGGCAGCACAGAUGCACCAGAACUUCUCGCAGCAGCUGCUCCAGGACCACAUCGAGGCCUGCAGCCUCCCCGAGCACAACCUCAUCACGUGGACAGACGGCCCGCCCCCGGUGCAGUUCCAGGCCCAGAACGGCCCCAACACCAGCCUGGCCAGCCUCCUGUGAGCCGCCAGCGCCCCGCGCCCCCAACACCCUCUGUGCCCCUGGGGGCUGCCGCAGGCGUGUGCACUGACU